AUGAACCUGAAUCCGACGACGACGACGACGACGACGACGACGACAACAACAACAACGACCUCGUGGAAUCCGAUGCCUGGCCUGUUCUCCUCUAGCUCGACCACCAAUAGCACGACGAGCACAUCAUCGCCCUCGACUGCUAUUGCGAUUCCCACCCCUACCCCCAUAGCUACCGCCACAGCUACCCUCCAGCCUUCUGCUGUAUAUGGUGACGGGAAUUGGGACUCGAAUCGGGCGCAUGCGACAAUGACGACGGAGUUUGGAGGGGAGAGGAGAAGUAAACGGGCGAGGAUAAUGGGGGAUAAUGAUGAGGUGGAUGCCCGUGCUCAUAUGCUGCAUGAGGAAGUUGAUGUUGAGGCGGCGAGACCGCCGUACAUACACUCGAUGUUAGCUGGUGGCAUCGGCGGGACGAGCGGUGACCUUCUCAUGCACUCGCUGGACACGGUCAAGACACGGCAGCAAGGCGACCCGCACGUUCCACCCAAAUACACAUCUAUGUCCUCCUCGUACGCUACCAUUCUACGGCAGGAAGGGAUUCGGAGGGGGUUAUAUAGCGGUGUCACGCCGGCGUUGCUGGGCUCGUUUCCCGGGACAGUGAUAUUUUUCGGCACGUACGAGUAUAGCAAGAGACAUAUGCUGGAUGCGGGGGUCAAUCCAUCGUUAUCAUAUCUCGCGGGCGGAUUCAUCGCUGACCUCGCCGCCUCCGUUGUCUACGUUCCUUCCGAAGUUUUAAAGACCCGCCAACAACUACAGGGACGAUAUAAUAACCCUUUCUUCCGCUCCGGAUACAACUAUAGAGGCACUAUCGACGCAUUCCGCACAAUUAUCCGCCAAGAAGGCUUCGGGACAUUAUUUUCUGGUUACAAGGCGACGCUCUUCCGCGACCUGCCCUUUUCCGCGCUGCAAUUUGCGUUUUAUGAGCAGGAGCAGAAACUCGCGAAAAAGUGGGUGGGCAGUAGGGACAUUGGGUUGCCGUUGGAAAUUCUAACGGCUACGACGGCGGGGGGCAUGGCGGGCGUGAUAACUUGUCCGCUUGAUGUUGUAAAGACAAGGACCCAGACGCAGCAGAGUCCGGAUGCGUUUGGCACGUCAGUUCCACGGGCAACUUCUGUUGCUGCUGCUGCUGCUGCUACUGCUCCUGCUGGUCCUUCCACGACAGGAAAACACCAGACGAAGAUAAAAGAGACGGCUCCGAAGACCGUACAGUCCACCAGAUUAAUAUCGACAUCUUCCCCAUCGACAUCCACCGUGAAGCCUGGAGCGCCGAUAUUAGAUACCUCGUCAGUAUUUACGGGGUUGAAAUUGAUAUACCGGACGGAGGGAAUUUUAGGAUGGUUUCGAGGCGUUGGACCUCGGUUUCUGUGGACGAGUGUGCAGAGCGGCACGAUGUUGGUGCUCUAUCAGUAUCUGCUAAAGCAGCUGGAUUCAUACCAACAACGGCACGAAGGGGAGCUGGGCGACGGUGGUGGAGCUGUUUUAUGA